UUCUCCCUCUGACGUAAACCAGAAUUCUUUUAGAUCACAAAAGGUCGUUGGAUCGAUCCCCCACCGGCUUCCAUGCGCAGGAAUGAAGAAGAUGAUGGAAGAUGAUGAUCAUCAAAAGGAGAAUUCAAAGAUCAUCUUUCCAAUUCUGAUUCGGAUUUUGCCGUACUUUUCAUCUAUCUUCUUUUGAUAUACGGUUGAGAGAUUGAAAACCAUAUAUAAAUGUCUUUGGUGGAUCCAUCGACUGGACGUGCAUUCAUAUGGAUCAUCACCGUGUUUCUCUUUUUCUGCAUUCUCUCCGGUGGCGGUUGCCUUGUGAUGUACAUGAUCCUACCUGAGACCGAAACCACCGCGUGGUUGCCGAUGGUCGGCCUCUCCUUAGUCUGCCUUCCUUGGUUUUUCUGGAUCUUAACUUUCUUCUACAGGGUCAUAUCGCGUGCUUGCGGUUUUAGGGUCUCCCUCGGCGUUGGGGUGGUCGACGGAGGCGCAGGGGUUGCCAAUGCAUCAUCGGAAUCCCCUCRAGGACCGGGUAUCGAUAAUGAUGAUGAGGAUGGCCAUGGUGGUCUUGGUGAUCAAAAGCGAAACAGUACUUCAUCCUCCCGCAACUCAGCAGUAUCUCGUGAAAGCGAAAUGCCAUUGGCCAUAACAAUGGCAUCUUAAAGCUAAGCUAGCUAGGCAUUGCAAAAACUUGGCUCCCAAUUGAAGAUUUGGYCAUGGAGGAAGAAUUAGUCAGAAUGAAAUCUCCCAACUAGAAUUUCGAAUUUCCUCCUGCUUGAAAUGGAAUACAACACAUGCAUUCUACCGAAAAAUGAAUGUUGAUCUUUCACGAGUGUAUAUAUUGAUAGAAAUGUUGUUUAUGUACAUCGGUCUGAAUCCAAUUCUGCUCCUUAAUCAAUCACCCUUCGGAUAUAGAUAGAUGGUCAAUGAUUUUAA